GUAAUCCGGAAGUGAUUUGAUGGUUGGGGCCGCAGCAACGGAGAACGAGGGGGAAGGGAAGGAUGCCGCUCCCGGUACAAGUGUUCAACCUGCAGCAGGUAAGCCAUGUCGGGGGGUGAGAGUGCAGAGAGUCAGUACAGGAUGAGGGAUAGCUCCAGCCCCAGCUCAGCAUCUUCUUCAGGGACAGAUCUUUACUGCACCGCCCACAGCACUAGGUCAGACAUCACAGAGUCUACAGCUGGAGAUUACAGCCUGAGCGACAGCUUUUCCAUCUGCACGCUGUUAUCUGAGGGUGCUGUUGAACCCAUGCAGAUUGAUGCUGACCCCCAGGAUGACCAGCAGAAUGUGCCAGACAUCAAUUAUGUGGUGGAAAACCCGACCCUGGAUCUCGAGCAGUACGCUUCCAGCUACAGUGGCCUCAUGCGUAUUGAAAGAUUACAGUUUAUCGCUGACCGAUGCCCUCAGCUACGUGUCGAGGCUCUGAAGAUGGCCUUGUCUUUUGUACAGAGAACUUUUAAUGUAGAUGUUUAUGAGGAGAUUCAUAGGAAGUUGUCGGAGGCUUCCAGGGAACUGCAAAACGCACCCGAUGCUUUACCUGAAGGUUCAUUGGACCCCCCUCCACUGGAUACUGCUUGGGUGGAGGCAACUCGCAAAAAAGCACUUCUAAAACUGGAGAAACUUGACACGGACCUGAAGAAUUACAAAGGAAAUUCUAUCAAAGAAAGCAUCAGGAGGGGUCAUGAUGAUUUGGGGGAUCAUUAUCUGGAUUGUGGAGACCUGAGCAAUGCUCUGAAAUGCUACUCCCGAGCCCGGGACUACUGUACCAGUGCUAAGCAUGUCAUCAACAUGUGCUUGAACGUAAUCAAGGUUAGUGUAUAUCUCCAGAACUGGUCUCAUGUUCUUAGCUAUGUCAGUAAAGCAGAGUCAACUCCAGAGAUUGCAGAGCAACGAGGGGAGAGAGACAGCCAGACUCAGUCUGUACUGACUAAACUGAAGUGUGCUGCAGGUUUGGCAGAGCUGGCUGCUCGGAAAUACAAACAGGCAGCAAAAUGCUUCUUACUGGCCUCAUUUGACCAUUGUGAUUUUCCUGAGCUGCUUUCCUCAAGUAAUGUUGCUGUGUAUGGGGGACUUUGUGCGCUGGCCACGUUUGAUCGCCAGGAGCUUCAGCGAAAUGUCAUCUCCAGCAGUUCAUUCAAGUUAUUUCUGGAGCUGGAGCCUCAAGUCCGUGACAUAAUCUUCAAAUUCUAUGAGUCUAAAUAUGCUUCAUGUCUAAAGAUGCUGGAUGAAAUUAAGGAUAAUCUUCUUCUGGAUAUGUAUCUUGCUCCUCACGUCCGGACACUUUACACUCAGAUCCGGAACCGUGCUCUUAUACAGUAUUUCAGCCCAUAUGUCUCUGCGGACAUGUACAAAAUGGCAAUUGCAUUUAACACAACAGUAUCUGCACUCGAGGAUGAAUUGACUCAAUUGAUCCUCGAAGGACUAAUUAAUGCUCGCAUUGACUCUCAUAGCAAGAUCCUUUACGCACGAGAUGUUGACCAGCGCAGCACUACAUUUGAGAAAUCAUUACAGAUGGGGAGAGAAUUUCAGAGGCGAGCCAAAGCAAUGAUCUUGCGAGCUGCUGUUUUACGCAACCAGAUCCACGUCAAGUCCCCUCCCAGGGAAGGAAGCCAAGGAGAGCUGACACCAGCUAACACUCAAUCCCGACUCAGCACCAACAUGUGACCAUGAGAUCAGUCAUCUGCACCCUGGCCCUGUCGGCUGCACAGAGACUUACCGCAUAGACAUGUGACAUGUGCCACCUGCUCACGUCACCUUCCCAUGGGCUGCCUCAGCUGUGUUUUGUGUGAGAGCUUGUCAGGAGCUUGCAUGGUUUGUCUCAUCGGUCUCAGUUUAUUGGACAUGAUCAUCUUGCUCUCUCCCGUGGAAUUAGAGGAGUAGCGAUGUAAUGCUGAUUCUGUAUCUGGAUGUUUUCCAGGUAGUGGCUGCGUAACAGUAUAAUAAUUGAGAGGUAGAUGGUAGGAAUCUGUUACGGCAUCAUCUCUUUUUGAAUGUACAAAGUGCAUUUGGCGGCCUGUGUGCUCGACACUACCUCCCUCUCAGACCUCUGCUUCCUCUACACCUUUUUUACCCUCUGCCUCCUAGUUUAUUUUUUCCCUCCCCUGCGCUUUCUGUUUUCCUCUUAACCUGGUUGUUCCUCUGUCUGUCCUGCCAACGUGUGCUCUGGAGACAUUAAACCUGCAGCAACUGGGCUGCCUAUUCACUCUACAUACAAGAUGCUGGUCAAUUUUUCUUUUUCAUAUGUGAAGACAGGACAUACGACUGUAUUUUGAUUCAAUAUGAAAUGCUUGCCUGCCACUUCAAAGCAUUGCUAUAUUUAAAUGUCCCCAUUCUUUUGAUUUUGAAUUAAAUAUGUUUCUGUUUUUG